AUGGAAAUCCGAAAAUGGGCAGCGAAGUCCACCGCACUUCAACAGAAAUUUCUCGCAGACGAAACUGCCUACGAUAACGUCGGUUGUACAAACCCAGUGCUUCGUAUCUUAGGUGUACCAUGGGACAGACAGGCGGACGUCAUCCUAGCACCAGUCACCGCGGUUCACGAAUUCGCACAGAAAAAUGAGCCCACGAAGCGCACGGUGCUCAGUACCUUUUGUAGACUGUACGAUCCUUUGGGUUUGCUCCUUCCCUUUACGGUCACCGCGAGGCUCUUGUUUCAAGCAAUGUGGAAGGAAGCAGUUCCUUGGGACCAACCCAUGCACCCCCCGACACACCAAGCUUGGCGCGAAUGGGUACGCGGCCUUCCCGCGCUCUCCACAAUGCAAGCACCGAGAUCUCCCUUCAAUCCGGCCGGCACCGUCCCAGACCUUGACAUCUUUGCAGACGCAAGCCCGCGGGCCUACGGAGCAGUUGCAUACGUACGCACCCACAAGGCUCCGGGGGGUGUCAGCUCCCACGUGCUCAUCGCCAAAGGUCGCAUUGCACCACUGAAGACUGUCACUCUUCCGCGUUUAGAGCUCCUUGGCUGCCUUCUCGCCGCUAGACUGUUCAAGAGCAUCUGCGACGUCAUACCUGCCCUGCAGUCACGGGUCACGUUGUGGACGGACUCUCAGAUUGCACUGCACUGGAUAAAGAAUGGGAAGAUGACUCAGUCGCAGAAUCCUCAGUUUGUCGAGGGGCGCUUACGAGAGAUUCGCCAGCUCACGGACCCGGCUAGAUGGUGUCACUGCGACGGGAAAAGCAACCCCGCUGACUUGCUCACGAGGGGAAUCACCGCGACUGAGCUGCUCCACAGCAAGCUGUGGUGGACCGGUCCAGCCUGGUUAUUUGGCAACGUGGAUGGUCUCGUCGCGGCCCAAAACACAUCUCCGCAUUUCCGGAUCGAGGAGACCUGUUGCGCCAUCGCUGUUCAGCAUCGGGACCCCCUUCUUCAACUCGAAGAUCACAGCUCCCUUAACCGCGUGCUCCGUGUGACAGCGUACGUGCUCAGGUACAUCAACAACACCCGGAGACCCCAGUCGAAACACAGUGGCUCACUCUCAGCGGAGGAGCUACACUCAGCAGAGCUGCUCUGGGUCCGUUGGACUCAGUUGGAAUCUUUCCCCACUGAAAUCGAGGACCUACAGACGAGACGCCCCAUCUCUUCUUCAUCGGCCGUUUUGCUAUUGAACCCGUAUGUCGACGAGAAUUCAUUACUCCGCGUCGGUGACGAAAGCGACAGCGUACGGCAUCCCAUCCUUCUGCCGUCCAGACACCGAUUCACAGAGCUGCUCGUGCUCGACAUGCACUGUCGUCUACACCACACAGGAGUUCAAGACACACUCUGUGAAAUUCGCCAGAAGUAUUGGAUUGUAAGGGGUCGACAGACGGUUCGUCGCGCUCUUCAUACGUGUCUACAAUGCAAACGACGACGGCUGGAUCCGGAAACAGCACCUGUCGCUCCUCUCCCGCGGGAAAGGAUCACACCCACGAGUCCCUUCGACGUAGUAGGGGUGGAUUUUGCUGGACCGCUCUAUGCAUUUGACAAUAACGAACAGCGGAAGGCGUACAUCGUCCUUUUCUCAUGUGGCGUUACCCGCGCGAUCCACCUCGAAUUGGCGACCGGGAUGUCCACUCAACACUUCCUCGGCGCAUUUAGGCGUUUUGCGUCCCGACGCGGGGUCCCGUCACUGAUCCUGUCAGACAACGCUCGCACCUUCCAUCAGACGUGA